AUGUGGUUCUACGUAACGAUAGGAAUUCUUCUCGGCUAUACCAUAGCUCUAGCUGCAUUCUUUAUGGGCUGGUGUACUCUGGUUCCGAUACGAUGUCAUCCACGGAAAGAAAUCCCAUUCAGUUUGGUGAAGUCACCUCGGAGAAAUACAAUGUAUUUUGAGAUCGACUCCACUACUUCAAGCAUAUCAACGGAUACGCUCAAGCAAGUGACUCAAAAGUCCGCAGCAGUCAAUAAGUACUUCGACAACAAGAAGCAUUCCCUUAGUCUUCCUGCCGUUCCUCACAAGUGCAUUGAUCACCUUUAUCCACAGCUUUCGCUACCUCCAGUUGCAGUCAACAUAGAUGCGCAGUAUGAGUUCGAACAACUUCUCAAAACUCCAGGGCGAGCCUGGCGUGAGCACAGCAGCUUCUCUGGAACUGUUUGA